AUGUAUAUCCGGCCUAAUCCGCCUGGCGCCUUCGCGGAGUAUAUCGCUACGGGACCUCUGGGCCGCUUCGAGGGCUUCUUGGGCUCCCUUUGGAGCGCAUCCUUCACGGUAGUAGGCCCAGAAUAUGUAUCUAUGGUAGCUGGGGAAACAAAACUGCCCCGGGUAUACCUCAAGACCGCGUUCAAGACCACAUAUGCCCGGUUCGCUUUCUUCUUUAUCGGAAGCGCCUUAGCCGUAGGCCUUGUGGUCCCGUAUAAUGACGAGACGCUAUUAGCUAUCCUUGGUGGCUCAGCUAGUGGUUCGGGCACUGCAGCAGCCCCUCCAUAUGUCAUUGCUAUGAAAAAUCUUGGCAUUAGCGUCCUACCACACAUCACCAACGCGCUAUUAGUGACAAGCAUAUUUUCUGCUGGGAACUCCUACGUCUAUUACGGGAGUCGGAGUCUCUACAGCCUCUCCUUACAAGGCCAAGCACCUAAGUUCCUGCGCCGAUGCACCAAAAAAGGCGUCCCGAUCUACUGUCUCUUCGUCCUUUAG